AUGAAUAAUUUUAAAAUUACAGGAGUUCCUUCUAAAAAUGCUACUAUCUUGCUUUAGCUUAGUGGAAUGAAGACUCUAAAUAGCACUAAUCAAUUUAUUAAUGUAGAUAAUAUAGGUAUAUUUCUUUAUUUUAGAAGUUGUUAAGCUGGUGAGUACUAUAACUCAGUAUGCUAAGGCUGUUAAAUGUAAGAGUGCAUUUAAUGUUUAAAUGGAACCUAUUCCCUCAUUUAUCCCUAAAUAGGAGAUUAAAUUUAGUGCAAAAAUUGUGACAAUUAAUAAACUAGUUAUUGUGAGUUAAACCAAAUUGUGUUAAGGGAGAAUUACUGGAGAAAAAGUAAUUAUUCUGAUGAUAUAUACUAAUGUGAUCAGCUUUCAAACCCUUGGAAUGGAGACUCAUCAAAAGGGUACUGUUAAGAGGGAUACACAGGGGCUUUAUGCUCAUCUUGUGAUAAUUAUGGAAAAAUAUGGGGAAAAUAAUAUGGAAAAGAUAGUCAAUUAGGUACGAAAAGCAUUUAAUGCUCAUUAUGCUCUUCCAUUUAAACAAAUUCAUUUAAAUAAAUAUUAGUAUUGUUUGGGAUAGUAUUCUAUCUAGUUUUUUUAAUUAUAGAUUCUUAGGAUAGCAAUAUUGAAAUGUGUCAAAUUCGUAUAAUAUCCUCGCUUAAAAUUCUCUAGAUGGGAGUAUCAUAAUUUAUACUUUAAUCUACAUUAAUCUCCAAGAUCUUUAUAAAUUAAUUUUAUGUUGUCUCUGCUUUAAAGUCUAGUAUUGGUUUUACAUUUCCUGGAUUAUUCUAGAACUUAUUUGCCUUUCCUCAAGCAUUUUCAUAGCCGAUAUUGGUAUUUUUAUAUUCAAUUGAUUGCAGCUUGAGUAGGUUAAAUUUCAACAUACCAAUACAAUACUUAAGAUUUUUGUACAUCUCAAUUGUGCUUCCAUGUGUGUUUUUGUAACUAAUAUAUAUUUCUGUUAACCUAAUUAUUAUUGGAAUAUAAUAUUUUAUGCCAAAUUAAUAUUAUAAUUUGUAAAUCAAAUAUAAUAAUUUAAACAUGGCAAUUAGUACAAUAAUUGUAUUCAGUUAUAUUGCUUCAUAGAAUAUUUACUAGGCUGCAUUAGAAAUUAUUAUUUGUCAAAAGUUUGGAGAUACUUACUACAUGAAAAGUUAGAUGAAUUAAGAAUGUUAUAAUACUGAGCAUAAAUUCUACAUAGCAUUUUUAAUACUUCCUAUUUUAGUAGUAGUCACAAUUAUCUAUCCUUUAAUUAUGCUAUAUGUAUUAUAUAGAAACCAUUCUAAAAUGUUCGACAAUGUAUCAACAAAUGUUAUAAGAAGAUAUGGUUAUUUUUUUCAAGACUUUAACAGAAACAGAUGGUGGUGGGAGUUUAUUAAAACUUGGUAUAAAAUAAUAAUUUUAUUUUUGUCAACCUACUACAAUAAUAAACCUCAAAUUUAACUAACUUCAGUUAUAUUUGUAUAGUUAAUCUACAGUGCUUCUUUAGUGCUCUUUAAACCAUAUUAAGAUGAUAAAAUAAACAAAUUAGAAUCAUAAUCAGCCAAUUAUGUUCUCUUAAUUUUUUGGAUUGCUUUGUUUGAGUAAUUGAAUGAUGAUAAAAUGUACCUUAAUUUUAUUUUUUCGUUCAUUUUGAUUGCAUUAUUUAUAAUGAUGUUUGGUUAAUUAACAUUAAGCCUUCUUGGUGUAAUUUUUAGAAGAUAUUAAUACUUCUUUUUAAGAAAUAAGUGCUUACUUAAUAUAUUUUAAAUUAUAUCAAGCACAUUAUUAAAUAACUAACUAUGGGUUCGAAAGUACUUGUUUAAAAAUAAUUUUUUACUUUACAAUUUGCUUUUUAAUUAAAAAUACAACCCUUUCAAAGUUUUUCAUAAGUAAAUUUAUUAUUUAAACUUUAAAAUAUAUUUACAAUAAUUAUAGUUGGUCAAAAUUAAGGCGAUCUAUUUUAAAAGGAGGUUUAGCCAAAAUCUAAAUUAAAAAUUUUAAGAAAUUUAUAGAUUUAAGUUCAAGCAAAGCAUUAGAUUCAAAAAAAGAUUUACUUAUCAGUUUUAAUAUUAAAUCAUUAAAUAAUUAAUUCUCAUUUGGUAACAUAGAUGA